AGCUAAGUGGGGCGGGGCCCAGACGCUUUCUCGCUGCUCUGGUAGUGGGUUUUCUGGUUGAAGUUGGCACAAGUUGUCUGUCCCUGCCGCACCACCAUGUCGAAGGUUUCCUUUAAGAUCACCCUGACGUCGGACCCGCGGCUACCGUACAAAGUGCUCAGUGUUCCUGAAAGUACACCUUUCACAGCAGUCUUAAAGUUUGCAGCAGAAGAAUUUAAAGUUCCUGCUGCAACAAGUGCGAUUAUUACCAAUGAUGGAAUAGGAAUAAAUCCUGCACAGACUGCUGGAAACGUUUUUCUAAAGCAUGGUUCAGAACUGCGAAUUAUUCCUAGAGAUCGCGUUGGAAGUUGUUAAUAUCUGCUACUUGGAGCAUAUAAUUACCUUCAAAAUAAAUGUUGGUAUUUUUUGUUGUAAAAAUUGAAAUCAGGCAUUUGAGGAACUGACAACACCAAGAGUCAAUGAAACAAUGAAAGCUGCACACAGUCCUUUCUUGUUUGUACUCUUCAUGUGAAGAGGGGAUGCUUGUGAGUGGAGUGUACAACCACCACAGAAAGUCAUAGAUUUGUCGAUAGCUACCUCACAAUACAAGCAGGGAGUUCAUUUGUAGAAAAUGGAUUAUCCAACUAUGUUUCUAUAACUAGAGAUGACUCUAAUAAUUCUUUCUGAGAACACUUGGAAAAUUAAAAUUUGCUGAAUUUUACCUAUUUGUCAUUGAGUUCAAAAUGUAAAAGGAUUAUGGAUCAUGGGUGUCACUUUGCUACCAUCUGACUUUGCACAUUAUGGUUUGUAGUAUACACAGUAUGUAGUUUAUGAUGUAGUAGGUGGUUCAGUUAAUAAGUAGCUAUCUUAAUUUUUUUUAUCAAUUUGUUUUAAGUUUCAAACUUAAUGUGUCACAAAUUUUAAUUUAGUAUCAAGGAACCAAAAAUUGAAUUUUGGAUCUACCUAUUAUGUACAUAAACUGAUUAUUCUGCACCAAAUAGUUCUAACAGUGAUCUUGCAGAAUCCAAUAUUUGUAAUGGUGGGAAUUUAUUAUGGUAGAAGCAUUCUUUACUAAGUUAUACAUUCCUUUAUCACCCUCUUCCAAUGCAAUUCUUAGGACAGAACCCAUUGUCUUUUUGAGGCUAUUUCUGAAUAGCACUCAGAAAGAGUAUUGUUACAGAGAAGAUCCGAUGUUCACAACAAAGCUUAAAGAAAUACUAAUUGGAAAUUCUGUUGAGUUAUACUUCUUGAAAAGUCUACUUUGAAGAGGUGCUAAUGUUAGUCAUCCGGGUGAAUAAGAAGCCAGGGCAAGGAAGAUGGGAAAGCCUGGAUGACAAAGCUCUGGCAAAAAAGGAAAGCAACAAAGAACAACAGUGAAGAGGAACAGAAAACUGUCAUAGAGUAUCAGAAAAAGCCAACUGGUUGGACAAAACUUUGGAAUGUACGUUGGAGAAAACUGAAAGUGAAAACAAAAUACUUCAUAUAGUCUUGUGCCACACAAGGCAGUUAGAAAAAGCAAAGUGUAGGCCUUGUCAUCAUACAAAUUUCAAAAUAUUCCUUAGGAUCCAAAGAAUGAUGUGCAUAGUGUAACAUUUUAUUUGCCUUUACAAAGAAAAUCAGUAUCUGUGCAUAUCUUGAAAGAUGAAAUGAAGGCUCACAGUGACUCAGAAUCAGUACUUGACCUGCUGUGUUUUAAAUGGUGAGCUCUGUAGAGGCAGGGUUGUGUCUGUCUAAUUCUUAAAUGUAGGUUUUCAAUAUGUACUUGCUGAGUUAUUCAUGAGUAAAGUCUCUAACAGCAGUUUUUACCUUAUCAUGUUUCAUUGUCUUCCCUGUCCUAGGUUCUUUGGGGGAAAAUUUAAGAAAAUGCAACAAGCUUUGCAUCUGAAGGGUCAUAUUGGUAGUUUUAAGAAAUUACCAGACAGAUGUCUUAUUAACAAAUUUGAUAAGUGAGAAGCAGAAUCAAAGGGAAAAUAUUGCUGAUGUAGAAAGUGCACAAAAUGUUUAAGAAGGUUUAAUUUUCUAUUUUAAAAAUCUGAGGCUCAAAGGUCCUGUUCUUUAUAAACUUAAGCCUUAUUUAACAAGAGGUUUAUGAAUGCUCAUUUCCUGAAGUUUUGGCUUAUUUUAAAUUUUCCUGCUUGUUGCUUUUAGCACAAAUAUCUUCCUGCUGUUUGCAUAGAUAAAUUUAUCAAUGUUCUGCACUAUUAAAGUGAUUUACUGGAUACAUUUGUUCUUUGGUUUUGAAAAUGAGGUAUAGUUCUUUAAAACAUUUUAUUAAACAACUAGACAUUUUGUUAUUAAAUAUUAUCUCUAAGUUCUUUGUGCAGAAUGUU